AUGACCUUCUUGCUUGCGGCGAGCGAGCUGGAUUUGCAAGAGGCUGCCACAGCUGAGAAGUUAAAACCCCUCCACAAGGUUCUGGACAGAUGCUGGAUGAUUCCCUGCCAUAUGAGCUUCGAUAUGGAUAUGGCCCAUCGAUCAUAUCGGAACCUGACAUUGUCCUACCGUGGUUCAGAGCGACAGAGUCCAAAUUGCCUGCAAUUGGCAUUGAGAUUCUCAAGAAUUAUGGAGCAGCGUUCUCAUGAGGGUCUCCACAUGCCAUCAGCCAGCACAGAAGAACGUCUUCGCUCUGUGGUGUCAGAAUUCCACAGUUCACCUGGCCUGAGCGCCAAGCACCGCUUGGAUGAGGAGAAGUUCCGCAGUGUCUACAACAUGAUUGCAGGAACCUGCCCUGAACCUCGGGAAGUGCUCCAGAAGCAUACUGACCAUGUCAAAUGGUCCCUUUGCGCCUUCUCGACGGAGCAGCUGAAGGGACAACGCUGGAUGGUGGGCACUAUGCCCAAGAACUGCUCUGGCGAUCUCAAGCGCGCCUUGACAGUGACGGAGCAGUCCCAAACGAUGCACUUUCGUUUGGUCAUCCAUUGCUACACUGAGAGUGGCAGACGCUUGAGGGCAAGCUCAAGGGCGAGAGCACGAUGGUCAGGCUCAGCAUUCGAUUCUCACUGUGAUGUGGCAUGCAUCUACUCCUUUCUCCUGGAUGAGGGGCGUCAAUUGAGCACUUGGACCCCUGAAAAGGAAGCUGCAGUGCUGAAAGCCUUCUACCAGAGGGACUACAUGCAAGAGAUCGAGGCCUCCGUUGUGGCACGAUUGUCAACCUGGAAGCCUCAACAUCUAGGCAUUUGGGUUGACAUCAUUGAACCUCCGGCGACACCUGUCAAAGUGGCCAGUGCCAGCGAAUUGAUGGAGCUGGAAGAUGAAGCUCAAGCUGCCAGAUUUCGUGAAGUUCGCACCAAGUUGGCAGCUGAUGUCGCGAGCAUGUGCGAGUUCAACAGCGCCAAAGAGGACGCAAGCCGAAGAUCCCAUGUUGUGAAGGUUAUGCACGAGAAGAGCCAGGUUGAGGCUGGCAAGGAGCUCUGUGAGACCUAUAUGGAGCGAUGCUGCCGGGUCUCAUUACUUUGCGACAAGGGUUGGGUAGAUCCAAGCAUGGACUCCAUGGUUCGUGCUGCUGCUGCACACCACAAGGUCUCUGCGCAUGAGCUGGACAGCAUCUUGUAUGUGGACUGCACGAAGUUGGGAGUGCUGAGUCAAACCACCAUCAAUGCUGUGGGUGAGCUUGCAGAGCGCGUGCUCUUCAAAAACCCAUCUUGCAAUGUCAUGGUCUUGAUCCCUCCGCUCCUGAUUGGAACAGAUGCUGGAGGUUCCCUUCGUCGAGAUAUGAGGCGUUUGGAGGACAAACUACUAUGUCACAAGGUGGAGUUGAGGCCAUGGACCCUGAACCUCUGCCUGGAGCAGCUGCAUCAGAACAGAGAGCUACCUGGUGCAUUCUUGUGCUACUUGGGAGUUGCUGACCACACCCUACCGCAGCGUGGGGUCGCUCACCGAACAGUCCGCGGCGCACCCGAGGCUGAAAGCCAGGUGAACGUGUUCUGCACCUCUUCCUUAUGGCAACGGCAGGUGCUGCAAGACUUUCCUGCGGCCAUCCAAGAAAAGGAGUUUGUGGUGCCGUCUGACUCACUAUUGAGUCACCAGGAGCGACGCAACCUCACCGACCUACAGGAGACCUCUCAAUGGUUGGGGGGCAUUGGUGUGCCACGGGCUGUGCUCAAGUCGCUCAUGAGUGGUGUGAAGGGCAGCUUUGGCCAAGUGGUCAUUCAUCCAACGGCAUACGAUGGCUGCGUGGAGUUGGCCGCAUGGAAGCAAGGGCAGGCCCCAAUGGACAAGCAGCAGCUGAAGUACAAACCCAAUGCUGCCAGCGAUGAUCUACCAAAGAAUCCAGAACCACCUGCUCUCAAACUUUGCCAGCUGGUUGAUGGCAGUCGGCUGCAAAUUCCCACUGACGUGAGGACGCAUUUCAUGCAGUGCCCAUUGUUUGGGCCAGAGUGGCGUGGCAUUGUCAAACAAUUUGACAAGGACUGGGGCAUUGCGGUGGCAACACCAACACCGGCCGGAGAAAAUGGCGCUCCUGGAGGUUCGCCUGCUCCCCUUCCUUCACCUGUCAAGAAGGAAGAGGUCAAGAUCAAGAUGAAGGUCGAUGAGUCUGCCUUCAAGUGGGAAACUGCAUUUCCGGGAUGUCCUACCACCUUGUCUCAACUCAAGGGCAAGUUUGCGGAGGGCGAGCUCAGUGAGAUGGUCGGGAUGACCCCUACAUCAUCCUUCUACCUGGCACCUGGACCGCAGUUGUAUGUGGUGGCGAAAGAACCGCUUCAUUUGAAAGCAUUGGAAGGCGCAGUCAUCAGUCAUGGGGCGGGGUCCUGGUUGACAGGUGACAAAGCCACCAAGUUUGUCACCAAUUCUCCGGACCGUGGAGUUCCCUGUCGUCUUGAGUCCGAUGAACUCCCUGCAGUAUUCGAGGAUGCUGGAUCUGAUGGCCCAAUCACGACCAUCCGCUUGAUGCUGCAAACCCUAGAGCGGAAAGGGCAUGUUGACUACUCUGUUGGUGGUCACACUUGCAGCCGACCACCAUCCGUCCAGCAAGGCACCUCCACCACAGACUUCUUUGAGCUGAAGCCUGAUGAGACGCUUCUGUGGCGUCCGCAGGCGAUCCAAGCGAAGAAUCUCAAGGGGACAAACAUUGCAUCCCACUUUGCCUACUCAAUGCUGGACAAAUCACCACUGCAGUUGGUUUGGCGAUUCAGAUUCUACCCUUCGGAGCGAAUUGUGGCAGCGGCAAAGCCACUUUGGUAUUUGCCAGUGGACUUGAAGCUGGUGAAGGAUGGCUGCCAGCGAAUCAUCUAG